UCUCAGGCUGUCACACCAGAUUGGACUCCGAAGGACCGACACCGCGUCUACCCCAGACCCCAUGGGGUAACAGCAGACGAUUCGAGGAGAGGAUUUUGUUCAGCUACACAGAUGAACAACAGGAAGGAGGACAUGGAGAUCUCCUCUCACUACCGUCAGCUCCUCAGAGAGCUCAAUGAGCAGAGGCAGCAUGGCAUCCUCUGUGACGCCUGUGUCAUUGUGGACGGAAAGAUCUUCAAAGCCCAUAAGAAUGUCCUCCUGGGCUCCUCACGCUACUUCAAGACUCUUUACUGCCAGGUUAAAAAAGGGGCAGAGCCACACCACCAGACUACUGUCACUCACCUGGACAUUGUCACGGCGACAGGCUUCAAAGCCAUCCUGGACUUCAUGUACUCUGCACAUCUUGCUCUCACCAGUAAGAACGUGAUCGAGGUCAUGUCAGCUGCCAGCUACCUGCAGAUGACAGACAUUGUCCAGGCCUGCCACAGCUUCAUCAAGGCUGCGCUGGACAUCAGCAUCCGCUCUGAGAUGGCUGACGAACUGGCCGACUUUGAAAUGGGAGCUGUCGCUGCUGCUGGCAUAGGAGGAGGUGGAGGUGGAGGGGGUGUAGGUAUAGCAGGAGCAGGGGGUGUUGCCGGAGUAGGUUUAGGAGGAGGUGGAGGAGGAGGAGGGAUAGUGGGUAUGGCUUCUGAGGCCCUGGCAUCCAUCAUGUCUGGUCGCAGCACCUCCCCUUGGCUGGCACGCCGCACGAGCCCAGCCAAUUCUUCUGGGGACUCGGCCAUCGCCAGCUGCCAUGAGGGAGGCAGCACGUAUGGCAAAGAGGACCAAGAACCCCCCAAGAGCCAUGAGAGCCAGGAGGAAGCCUGUCAUGACUCCCAACCCGCCUGGCCACAUGACUAUAGGCCUGUCACCGUCAAAGAGGAACAGGUGUCCCCCGCCUCCUCCUCUCAUCCCCGGGACAAUCCCAGGGGGGCAGCCCAGAGCCAAGGGGAGCAAGGGGCAGGGGUGGCUGGUGCAGGAAGUGGAGAGGGGUCCUGGCAACCUCUAUCAGGGUCAGGGCGGAGGAAGAACAGGAAGAACAAGGACACGGUCAGACAUAUUACCCAGCAGGCUGAGAGGAACUGGGACAGAGAGCGGGACAGGGAGAGAGACAGGGACAGUAGGCCUGGAUCUCCUCUGCCCUCCAUGCUGGCUGUGGCUGGAUGGAACUACAAUGGACAGGAUAUCCCAGGGGCAGACGUGACCGAACCCAACAGCUCAGACAGCCGCGGCGAACGCCUCGACUUCUUCCUCAAACAGGAAGAGGCUCUCGCCACAGAGCCUGGCUUCCUGGGUCCCAAUGAAUCGGAGGAGGCUGGGAGAGGAGCCGCGGGUGGAACAAUCUCGUCGGUAGCCAAUCUGAAGGCAGCGCUGAUGAGUAAGAACAGCCUGCUGUCAUUGCGGGCUGAGAUGAUGGGAGAUGAUAACCCCUUGCUUUACGAGUACCUGCCCAAAGGAGGACACUCCCUGUCUUGGCUCCGCUCCAACAACUACUGCAGCACGCUCCGGCCAGGGGCCACGGGGGCCACUAUUCAUAACAAACAGGGGGCUGGCUCCUCUACUCCUCCUCCUCUUCCUCUUCUUCCUCCUCAUGUUCCACCAUCACCACCACCGCUACCACCAUCAUCAUCAACAUCAGCAUACUGUCCACCCACUCCACCCACUCCACUGAACCCCACUGAGCCUCGGCCCCUGGAGCUCCCCGGUCUGCGGGCUGGGGUACUCCCGCUGCACUCAGAAGAGUUGGACAUGGAAGUGGAAGAGGCCCCUGAGGGCUCGGAGCCCUCCACCUUGCCUGAGGAUGGUGUAAAAGACAAAGAAGACAUGAAAGGAUAUAACGCAGCAUUGGAAGGUGACCAGUCUCCUGUCGAGAGGGAUCAGAUGGCCAAAGGGAGCUGUGCUGGUGGCUUGACUGUGUCUGCGUCAAUGUUCAUGGCUGGCAGAGGGACUGAAGGGCUGAUGGUGCUGGUGAAUGACUUCACGGUGAUCCGUAAAAAGUUCAAGUGCCCCUACUGCAGUUUCUCUGCUAUGCAUCAGUGCAUCCUGAAGAGGCACAUGCGCUCCCACACUGGUGAGAGGCCCUACCCCUGUGAAAUCUGUGGUAAAAAGUUCACCAGAAGAGAGCACAUGAAGAGGCACACACUGGUUCACAGCAAAGAUAAAAAGUAUGUGUGUAAAGUGUGCAGCCGAGUCUUCAUGUCAGCAGCCAGUGUGGGAAUCAAACACGGCUCCCGUCGCCAUGGCGUCUGUGCUGACUGCUCUGGUCGAGGCAUGGCCGCACUGCUGGACCACAAUGGGGAAGUGGGAGGAGACAUCUCUCCAGAGGAGGAGCUGUAUCCUGGUGACCGUUUCCAUGAUGACCAGGCAGAGUGUGAUGGCGAUGGAGAAGGGGAGGAGGAGAUGAUGGUUGAAGGGGACAGUGAGAUGAUGGGAGAAGGGGAGGAAGAUGGAGGGAAGUGGAAGGACUCAGGGAUAACCACUGAGGCACACAGAGCACUGGACAAUGAGAAGGAGGAGAGUGACUCCUCAGCACCGGAGGGGGAACAGCAGAACGGGAGUGAGAAGGACUUUGCCUGGAUCUCCUAGAAUCUGUCACACCCCUGUUAGUGGCUCGUCAACCAAUCUCUGAAGAUCUCUUACGAUCUCUCGGGCAGAAUCCUCUGCUCUCUUUACCCAUUCGUCCCACUGUGGGCAGGCCUUCCUUUGGAUGGAAAUGCUGUAGGGCGAUGCGCGACAAUGAUCCAAAACCAUUAUGAGUAUCACACUCAAAGGCACACACGCACAUACAUAUCCACAAACACUUCUCAAUCUUGCCUGCCAUAGUAGAAGAAGAGCAGUCAAGAGAUGGCUCGAGUGAAAGGCUUUUUCUGCUUACCUCCUUUACUUCUGAUGCAGUGUUUUUGUGUUUCUUUUUCUUGAGGGUUCAGGCCAGAGUCCAGUAGUUUUUAUACUCUGUCACAACAGGAAUCAACGAGGACGCUGCCAAGGACAUGGCUAAUGCAAGACUGCAACUUUGUAUGUUUGCCAUCUCAAUCACCAUGGAAACCAAGGAUCACUGACAGUGUAGGGAAAUGGCCAGAAGGGGGGUGUCUUGGUCCCACCUUGGCUGUGAUGUUUCUGGGGAAAAUGUCUCUACAAGUGAAGGGACAGUCUAAAUCUAUUGCAAAGCUAUGUGUGUCAGAGGAGCGGGGCAGCCCGAUGGCACACUGUUGAUGCAGAGUCCUACUGCCACAGACUUGCACUUUAAUGACAACUGACUCCUAUCAAAGCCCUGAACCCGUGGUUUACAUUUUUAAUCUGAUCUUUUACCUAAACAACUCGGUGACCGCACCUACCUUUAAGGAUUUAUGUCCUCUUGACUGUUAUCAUGAGAUAGAAAUCACUGAAUCUUUGUGCAGAUUGCUGUUUAUA